UAUAAACGGCCUCCCCGCACCCUGCUUGUGCACGCUCCCUGGGAAGCGCGCAGCACCGCGAUCCAGUGCCCACUGUGUCCUCCGGACACAGUGAAACACCGAUCGUCAGACGGGACCUCUGUACGAGGUCCCGAUCAUGUGAUCACUGAUUGGCCAAUCAGUGAUCACAUGCAAAGUAGCAAGCAAGAUGUCACUGGUGACAUCAUUGCUUACUACUGGUGAAAUCUGUGAAUGAUCACCGAGGUCACAUGGUGCAAGCCUAUUCACAACAGCCUUGUACCAUGUGACAAGCUGUGACCAAUCACAGCUCAC